CCCUCCCGUCAUAAGCAAAUCGCUCAUCGAACCUCGACGCCGUACAACGAUGGCGAUUUCGACUCUCCACAGGCUCUCCGCCGCCGGCGCCGUCCACCGCCUCCCGUCCCUCUCCUCCUUACGGCCCGUCCUCGCCAGGUCCUCCGCCACCUCGUCCCACCCUCCCUCCCCCUCCUCCUCCUCCUCCUCCGUCCCCUCCGCGAAGGUCGCCGAUCGCAUCGUCAAGCUCUUCGCCAUCGACGUCGACGGCCGCAAGCGCGAGGUCGUCGGCCUCGCCGGGCAUACCCUCCUGAAGGCCCUGGCCAACAGCGGCCUCAUCGACCCGGCGUCGCACCGGCUGGAGGAGAUCGACGCCUGCUCCGCGGAGUGCGAGGUCAACAUCGCGCAGGAGUGGCUCGAGCGGCUCCCCCCGAGGAGCUACGACGAGGAGUACGUGCUGAAGCGGAACUCGAGGGCUAGGGUUCUGAACAAGCACUCGAGGUUGGGGUGCCAGGUGGUGCUCACGAAGGAUCUCCAAGGUAUGGUCGUCGCCGUCCCCGAGCCUAAGCCCUGGGAUAUCCCGUAAGUUAGGGUUUUUCGAUUGGGGUUCCUUUGUGAUUUGGUGGGGGUUGGUGUUGUCGGUGAAUAAUGAGAACAAUGUUCUGGAAGAAACGGUCUGUUUCGUGAUUUUCUUGUCAAUUUGGGAUCUGCCACAAUCGGAAUUGAAUUUCGCUAUUCGGACAUGCUGGUGUCUCAGUAUGAGGAUUCAAGGAUUUUUGCCUCUCUGGUUUGAUUAGAACUUUGGUUGUUCAUCUCGUUAUAUAGAAAUGCUUCAUUUGGAGAUAGAAAUGAGGCUUUGCCUAUGAUCACCUAGUGGGUGGUGAUGAAAUGAAAAGUAGUGGGGCAAGCUCGCGUACUUGAAAUUCUAGUUGUACGUUGAUUCUUACCUGGAAAGUAACAACUUUGAAUUGUAAGCAAACUCUCUAUACGAUCAGACAUUGUUGUCA